UGGGCGUCAAGGCGCAAAAAGUGUAAAUAUUAAUAGAAGGGAGGGGAUUCAACCAUACGCUGGAAGCAAAUGAAAGUUCAUUAAGGAAUACGGCUUGGCAUUGUUAGAGCUCUUUACGAAUACGACCGAGGGACCAGGUCGAAUGCCAUCUACAGAUCUCCGUCAAUAGUAUUCGAUACUACACUGCUCCCCAUCCUGACUCUUCCAACUGGUACAUUCCGCGGCCGCGCAACGCGUCAUAUACACAUGCUAUCUAGAUUCGAUGAUUGCGAUGAUUGCGUCCCGUCAUAUAUGCGGAAGACCCUGGGACUUGGCUCUCUGUCGACGAUAGCCGUUUCAUCAAUUCCGUUUUUAUUGACAUUUUUUAUCGUGUCGGCGACGGUUCUGCGGCGAUUGUUUCCCUUGCUGUCCGGACAGGCGUCUUCAAAGGGCGACAAUGACCACCAUCAUUCGGCCGUUUCGAACGUCCAACUCUGGAAUAUUUUCUCCACAAGAUCUGCGCGAACAGGAUCAGUACCCGUAUCCAAAAGAGUAGCAGCAUUGACAUUUUCAACCACAAUUGCUCUUUCCGCAGUACUCGCUGAACUUAUCCUGUGCGAGAUUUCCAACACCUUGAAUCCAACAGCACGGACCCUCUUUCUCAAAUUAACAAUAUCAACAUUGCUCACGCUUCUCAUUGUCGUCACCCCAUUGCUCGAGCUACACUCUGUGGUAUCAGCCGCAGGAUGGAAAUUUACCGGCCCGGACAGGGGAAGAUUCCGGCUCGCGUGGGUGUUCAUGACCUUUGGUUUUGCGGCAUGGAUUGCCAUCUUUUGGUGGCUUGGGAGAGGCCUUUUGGGGAGAUAUCUACAUGCAGACACCUCGUUUAGCGGUCACAGCUUGAGUGAGGCAUGCCUGGAACGGAUCGGCGUCAUUGGUAUUCUGCUAAUGGCCAUGCUAUCGGGAUUCGCCUCUGUCAGCUCUCCAUGGCAGACUUUUUUCGCCAAGAACAGGCCAGUGACGGAAUCAGAUGUUGCAAGGAAGCAAGCCGGUCUACAAGCUACGGAUGAAAUGCUCGAGGCAAAACGCAGUCGGCUACGUGCUCUCGAGAGAAAGACUGCGGAUGCUCCGCCUGAAGGCUUCAUGACCAAGGUCAUGGAUACCAUUCGGGGCAAUGGGGACUUGCAAGAGCGACGAACUCUUGCAAUGGAAAUAUCCGGGCUCGAGACCAUGCGCAUCUCGCUCGCCAAUUCCCUCUCCAUCUUGAGGAGCCGGAGACAAAUGCAGCAGCGCUCUGCCACCGUGACCGGCCGAGUCCUCAUCGUCGUGUCCUAUAUCUUCUCCGCGUACUGCAUGUACCGAAUCAUGGCGACAUUUAUCGCAUCGCUUCGUCGCUGGUGGUAUCCCACUUCCUCCUUUGCCGGCACCGACCCGGUCAACAAUUUCCUCGCUCUCAUUGUCAAACACUGGGAUCCGACGUUGGAUCGUCUGGCCUGGUCCCGGCAAAUAUCCUUUUUGCUCUCCGGCGUUAUUCUCCUGGCGUCAUUCAACAGUGUCGUGCAGACCUUUCAGCUGUUCUCGCGCUUCAUGCCAAAGCUGGUCCAUCACGCACAAGCCAACCUCGCGCUGCUUGUCAGCCAGAUCAGCGCAACCUAUGUCAUUUCCUCUGCGCUCCUGCUACGCAGCAAUCUACCCCGGGAAAUGGGCAGUGUCAUCUCCGAAGCCCUCGGCGCUCCCCUCGAACCUCGUUUUGUCGAUCGCUGGUUCGACGGCUGGUUCCUCGCUGCCAGUGUCUCAACGGCAGUAGGGAUUUUCCUUGGCAGGAAACUAGGCGCCAGCGGGGAGUGGGAUGACGAUUAUGACGAUGAAAUGGAUCUCGAAAUGGGCAAGAGGUCAUGACAUGAAUGUGUUACGCUAUCAUUGAUCUCGUUGUCCUAAUCUUUUUAAUGUGAUAUUGCCGUCUGUCAACGUAUACUUGCCAGUUUUUAAUGAAUAAU